UAUGGAGAUGGUUAUGGGCCACCGCCCACGGCAUCAGAUGUUUAUACCGGAACAGGUACUGAUCCCGCAGCUGCUUCAUUAGGUUAUUUUGGUAUGGGAGCAUAUCCACCGGUUGCUACCGCACCACCAACAAUGCUUGCUGAUCCGCUCAAUGAACGAAUGAAACGGGAUAAGGAAGCAAUUUAUAAUCAUCCAUUAUUUCCGUUAUUAUCGUGCCUUUUCGAGAAAUGCGAGUUAGCAACGUGUACACCGCGUGAACAAAACAGUACGGCAACGUCAAGUUCAACGUCAACAUCCUCAACAAAUGACGUUUGCUCAUCGGCUUCAUUUAAAGAUGACCUUGCCGAUUUUGCCAAAAUGGUGCAAAGUGAAAAGCCAUAUUAUGUCCCAAAUCCUGAAGUUGACACAUUGAUGUUGCAAUCCAUACAAGUCCUUCGUUUCCAUUUAUUAGAAUUGGAAAAGGUUAAUUUUAUAUAUAUAUAUUUUUU